UGUGUGUGUGUUCAAGUUCUCCAGUUUCAGGCCUUGACGUCCGUCCUCUGGGGAGGAAACGGAAUGGAUCUGUGGAUGCAGUUCUUCUCUGCUGGCCGGUUUCAGAACAGAACGGGGCGAGCUAAUCACGGAAUGACGCUGUGCUGGAUUUCUCUGUCACAUAACCAUACGGACAAACCGCAUCCGAAUCUCACGUAUCCAACCCCAGAAGGUGACAGUGGUGCCACACAACAGGCUGACGGGCGUUUAUUAAAAUUGGAGCUGGAUCAACAGAUUAACGUGGCACGGGGAUUUUUGUCCGAGGACUCAUUAGGGAGGAAUACCUACAAAGCCUUGGAUUAGGAGGAUAUUACGUGGUGGAUUGCAUCGGGCCGCAAUGUCAAUCUUGCCCUCUUUCGGUUUUACGCAGGAGCAGGUCGCGUGCGUCUGCGAGGUGCUGCAGCAGGGUGGAAAUCUGGAGAGGCUCGGACGUUUCCUUUGGUCCCUACCAGCCUGUGAUCACCUCCACAAGAACGAAUCCGUGCUGAAAGCGAAGGCCGUGGUGGCCUUCCACCGGGGAAACUUCCGUGAGCUCUACAAGAUCCUGGAGAGCCACCAGUUCUCCACGCACAGCCACCCCAAGCUGCAGCAGCUGUGGCUGAAGGCGCAUUACGUGGAGGCAGAAAAGUUGCGGGGCCGCCCGCUAGGCGCUGUGGGCAAAUACCGAGUGCGUAGAAAAUUUCCUCUGCCCCGUACGAUCUGGGACGGUGAGGAGACCAGUUACUGCUUUAAGGAGAAGUCGCGGGGCGUGCUGCGUGAAUGGUACACGCACAAUCCUUAUCCAUCUCCACGGGAGAAGCGGGAGCUGGCGGAGGCAACGGGACUGACCACCACACAGGUCAGCAACUGGUUUAAAAACAGGAGGCAGAGGGACCGGGCAGCUGAGACAAAAGAGAGAGAAAACAGCGAGAACAGCUGCGUUGGCGGUAAGCAGAGCCAGCGGUCUUCGCUCGACGGAGUGAAGUCGCUCAUGUCCAGCUCGGAAGAUGAGUUCACUCCGCCGCAGAGCCCCGAGCACAACCCCGUGCUGCUUCUGCAGGGGAACAUGAACAAUCACGGAGCUCCAGCAUACCCAAUGCCCGGCCUCGGUGCGCAACAUUCGGUGCAUAGCAUGCAAGGACAUCCGCACCAGAUCCAGGAUUCACUGUUGGGAUCUCUAACAUCCAGCCUUGUGGAUUUAGGAUCUUAAGACGUCUCGUUCACAUUUUAAGCAACUUAAAAAACUUUAAAACAAAAAUACCAAUAUUUACGGUGUUACCGGAUAUUCUUAUGACACAGAGGACGUUUGCUGAAAUAAACUAUUAUUUUGCUAAUUAUUAGAAGAAGAGAGAAAAUCAAAAGAGCUUUUCAGAGUUUUUGGAAUUCUGAGUAGGUGGACAAGUGCGUACAUUUUGUAAAACAUGUCAGGCCAUGCAGUAUUUAAGAAUAUUCACAUUGUUGUAUGCAUAAAACUUUAAUAAUUUAUGAUGUUUUACUCAAAGAUUAAUUUAUAUAAAUUGUUCUGUAUUGGACUACAAAGAGCAUGGAUUUUUCAUGAGAAAAUAAUUGGCUUCAAACAACUUUAACUAAACUAUAUGGAUGUGGAAA